GUUUAUCUUUUUCUACUAUUUUAUUAUUUUAUCGAUUAUGGUAGAGCUUUGGAGAAAAAGAAAGCUUCUUAGUAACUUCACCUUCGUGCAGUCUCCAAGAGAAAAGAAAAACAGUAAAAGAUGUUUUUUUAAAAUAACUAAUACUUGGAGGAUUUUGUAUUCAAAGCUGGUCAUCAUUGAAUGCCAAUUCUGGCCAGAGAAAAACAAACAUAAAAAGAAAGAGAGAGAGAGGCAAUUAACAUGUCAAGACAAAAAAAAAGAUCACAUCAUGGGCAUAACAUGCAUGAAUUCAAAAAAACAACCAUACAUCAAGCUCCCCAUGCUUCCUUAUAUAUAAAUACGAACUUCUACUCGGUAAGUUGUAAUAGUAUCAAGGGAGGGUCCCUAUAGAAUUUAUUAGGUUUUAUUAAAUUUUUUCCUUGUUUUCCAUGUUGUUUUGAAAGCUCAUGGCAUGCUUAGACAUGUAUAAUUCGGAGCACAAAGGUCAUCAUCAUCACUGCCCCCCAAUGAGUCCAAGAAUCUCAUUCUCAAAUGAUUUUGUUGAGACUCAGCAGGUUAUGAAGCAAGAGAGGAACUCAAGGGAGGCUCCAGUGUCGUCAGACUUUGAAUUCUCAGUAUCUAACUACUCCAUGAUGAGUGCUGAUGAGCUUUUCUUUAAGGGUAAGCUUUUGCCAUUUAAAGAUAAUUGUAACAAUCAAAUGCAAAGGACUUUGAGGGAAGAGCUUCUUGCUGGAGAUGAUGAUGAUAAUAAUGUGACACGAACGCCUCCUAAGGGUUCCACAAGGUGGAAGGGAUUUCUGGGGCUCAAGAGAACCCACAUUGGUUCCAAAAAAGCUGAUAAGAUUAAUGAAGUGUCCAUGGAGAGAAUGGGUGACAAUAAAAGGUUUGCUUUUGUUCAUGAGGACACCCAAGUCGUCAAAACUUCACAGGAACUUUUGACUGAAGGAGGGUCAGGUUGCAGGAAUGUGGAGAUUGGAAUAUAGUUACAUUUCUUGAAGGGCAUCAUAACUUGUAGAAAUGUGGAGUAUUUUUUUUUAAAGGAAGAUUGGAGGGUGGCUUUCUUUUCUUUUCUUUUUCUUUUUUUUGAAGAUCUAAAUUAAUUUGUAAUAGUGGGGUUGGUUUGAUUUUUUUUUCUCUGCUUCAUUUGGGAUUUUACUGUUCUUAUUUUUCUUUUGUUUUUUAAUCUCUUAGGAUUUGGUUGUUUAGCUGUUCCUUUGUACAAAAUGUUUUAGUGUAAUGUUCAGCAACUGAUAGAUCUGUAUUAAGUCAUGUUUUUCUGGCUCGGAUCUACUAAUGUAAUUUCCUCUUUGAUUUGGA